AAGAUGGUAUUCUUGGUCUUUCUCGUCAAAUUGGAGAAGUUACAAAUCCUGGGUUGAUUCAAGCAAUGAAACAAAAUAAAUUGUUAAAUUGUACCAUAAUUGGAUUUCACCUUGGAAGAUAUAAAUUGAAGCCUACCGAUAAAAGUUUUAUGAAUCUCGGAGGCAUCGAUGUAAAUGCUUAUAUUGGAAAUAUUGUAUAUAACAAUCUUAUUAAUCAGACACUACAUCCGGGGACUUGGAUGAUUUCAUUGCGUGAUGCUCAG